ACGUUGCUUUAUUUUCAAAGGCUUAAUAUCUGUUCAUGAAAACGAUCAUGUUUAUUCGUUACAUAAAAAAUUUUUUAAUAUUGCAAUAUUUAUAGUAAAUACUUUCGAAAAUGUUCUUUUUUACACACAUGAUUGAUAUUUACAAGUUUUUAUUGUAUGAAUGAACAGAUGCUAAAUUUAUCGAAAACCAAACAGACGAUAAUAAACAUUACGUUUUAGCAGUAAAUUAAGUUUAUAUUUAUCGUAUGAAAGGCAGAAGACCAUUUUAUUUUUAUAUUUACUUACCCAAAACAGUAAUCUUUUCGUACUGGUAUCGAGAGUGUAGGAGUUAAGAUGGCGACGAACGACGAUGAACCAAUGCAUUUGUACGAAGUGUUUCAGAAUUGUUUCAACAAAAUCGCAAAUAAACAACCAGAUAAAACGAGAGAGAUGCCAUAUGGAAUGCCUUACUCCGCACAAACAGGGGAUACUCUUGCACAGGAUUGUUUGACUAAUUACCCUGCUGCAGUCGAUGUAUUGUCCAUGGGUGAACCUUCCUAUUUUCAAUAUGGUGGAGCCUCUCAACAAAGGCUUUUACCAGCAGAUGCAAAUAGAGGUCCACCAUCCAAAGGCAAAAGAGGAGAUCCAUAUACAUCAGAAGGAUUUGAGCAGGAUUCCCCACGCUAUUCCACAUCCAAAACAGGCCUUUAUGGUGAUACAUAUUUCAUGGAUGGGCCACAUGGUCCCUCAGAUCCUUGGUCCACCAAUUCCAGCCUGCAGUACUCUUAUACGUCCUCCAUGAUUGAUAGCAUAGCUUCCCAUCAGUCACAACCAUCAAUUCAUCUUCCACACGAACCAAUGGUAUACCCUCCAAACCAUGACCCCUCCAUGAUGUCCUCCAGUCUUCCACCCAUGUCCACAUUUCGGGGUCCGUCCAGCAACACACACAACAUGCCCCAUUCAUCAGCCUCCCCUUUGUAUGGCCAGAGCAACACCUCUCCCAGUUCCUUGUCCUCCCAACCAACUUCUCAGACAGGGGAUACUCUGGGAAAAGCAUUAGCAUCUAUUUAUCCCACAGAGCCUCCAGUUAGCAGCUUCCCUUCAACUCCUGCAACACCAGUGAGUUCUCCAACUCCUCUUACAGCUGUCACACAUUGGUCUCGAAACACUUCACAGGCAGCUGCUCCACCUACAGCCUAUUCUGAUGGAACAGUGUUACCAUUGCAACAAUCAAGAGGUGUGAUGGAAGAAAGGCUGGAUGAUGCAAUUAAUAUACUUCGUAAUCAUGCAGAAGGCCCUGUGCUUCAAACUGUGCCUCCACCACCCUCAGUUGAAAUAAAUCCUGUGACUGGUCCUACAAAUGGACUUUUAGGAGCUCAGGCAUAUCCUUCAUCAGUUGCAUUGAGUCCACUGGAAACACAUGUGCCAAGUCCACUCAGUCUGCCAGAAAGGAAUAGGUCUUCUCAUUCCACUAAUUCAGCCCAAGCAACAGUUUCUCAGCACUAUGGUAAAAAGCCAUCACUUACUGUUGCAAAAAGGGCAGAAAUAGUGGCCCUGCAUAAAGUUGGCUUUUUUGAUUAUGAAAUAGCUAAAAGGGUACAUGUGAGCAAGACUACUAUUUAUCAAGCUGUCAGUAAAUUUAACAAUUCAGGAAAAUACACAGAUCUGAAGAGAAGCAGUCGCCCAAGAAAAACGAGUGCUCAUAAUGAUCAUAUGAUCCGAAGGAUGCCAAGUCCACUCAGUCUGCCAGAAAGGAAUAGGUCUUCUCAUUCCACUAAUUCAGCCCAAGCAACAGUUUCUCAGCACUAUGGUAAAAAGCCAUCACUUACUGUUGCAAAAAGGGCAGAAAUAGUGGCCCUGCAUAAAGUUGGCUUUUUUGAUUAUGAAAUAGCUAAAAGGGUACAUGUGAGCAAGACUACUAUUCAUCAAGCUGUCACUGUUCCACCUGAAGUUAGUCCUGGUGUGAAACCAGAAAAACAAAAAGAUUCAGAAAAAUUAUCACAGCUUGUUCGAGAAAAAUCAGAUACGCCAAACAGCCGGACUCCUGCGGAUACGCCUCCACCUAAUACUACAACCACGUCUACCUCCUCAACCACUUCCAGUACUACACAAGCUAAAGGGACAAAACGUUCCCGAUCACGAUAUGUCAAGCUUCAUGGGUCCAGUUCUGGAGAUGAAGAUGAUCCACCUGAAAUUAAAGCAGAGAAAGAAAAAGAAAGGCGUCAGGCAAACAAUGCACGAGAAAGAAUAAGAGUUAGGGAUAUAAACGAAGCCUUUAAAGAAUUAGGUCGCAUGUGUAUGAUGCAUUUAAAAACAGAUAAAGCCCAGACCAAACUGAAUAUUCUUCAUCAAGCUGUUGAAGUUAUAACAAGCUUGGAACAGCAAGUUCGAGAACGAAAUCUGAAUCCAAAAGCUGCCUGCCUAAAAAGGCGGGAAGAGGAAAAAAAUGAGGAGGGCCCAAAAUUAGGUAUGCAUGCUAUUCCUCAUCCACAAACUUUGGAAUCAUUACCACAUCAGCGGUUGGCCACUACAAUACAGGUAUGUUUCUUUAUUUUUUAUGUAUAUGUAAAAUAUAUACAAUUAUUUGCAAAAAAAAUCAUACACCAUGAAGGAGUUGUCAGAAUUGAAGGAAAUUUUGUGUUUGUGAUUGUAACAUUAAUAUUAGUAAAUGAUUACAUCAUCAUACAAAAUAAUUGUUUAUUAUGGAAAAAGUGCACACAUGACGGGUUCUAGUACAUUGUUAGGCCACUUCUAUAAUGUAUAAAGAUGCAAUAUGGUUGGCAUGGAGGCAUACAGAUGCUGUAUGGUGUCUUGAGAUAUAUCUGUCCACAGUUGCUGUAGUUAGAUCUUCAGAUAAUCCAAACUGGUAGAAUGUGGAAGUGCAUCAGUAUGGUCCACACAUGUUCUAUUGGUGAUAAAUGUGGUUACCAUACAGGUCAAGGAAGUGUGGCAGCCUGGCAGAGACAUGCUUGUAAUAUCCUUGCUGUGUGUAGUUGCUCAUUAUUCUGCUGGAAAAUGGUUCCAUAGAGACUUGACAUGAGAUGUAUCUCAUGGCUUCAGGAUGUUCUGAAUAUACUGCCACAUCAUAUCACUACUAGGGAAGACUGGCUGUUGUAUGUGUUAGCUCUCCACACUAACACCUGCUGUGGGAGAUGUGGUGCUUGAUAGAAAAAGCAGGAUUAAGGCACUGACCAAGGGGUCAGUGGCUUAAUCCUGUUCUUCAUCACAGCUAUCGUCUGGCCAUACUGAACCUGUAUUUGUCACUGAAGACAACCUGAUUCCAUUCUUUAGCAGUCCAGUUUCUUUGUGAACAACAACACUGCAUAUGAAUAUGAUGGCAAGUGGUUGUCAAUGGUAGCACACAUAAUGUAUACCAUGAGACCAAAUGUCCUUCAGUAAGGCAUCUUGAAACAGUACUGAGAGACUAGGACCUGUAAUGAUGGUGUCACCUGGAUGGAAGACAAUGAUGCAAUUGAAAGUGUUCAUGCUUAUUGGAGGAGCAUAUGGUCCUCUUUCCUGGAGGUUUGUCAAGGAUGUCCUGAGCUCACUUGCCAUGUGUAAGGGUACUCACACAUGGCAACUGAUUUCAACACCACCUAACAGUCUGGUCAGAAUGGCCAUACAGUAGUGCUGGGCAGUUUGUCAAUGGGACCAUCCAGCUUCUCUCAUUCCAAUAAUACAGUCUCUCAAACUAUUACCUGGGCAAAUUCUUUUUGAUUGUGUCUUAAAGAUAUGUCCAGUGAUCAAACAUCCUUUCACAACAGAACUAUAGACAAGAUGCUUCCAAGAGCUUUUUUUAAGCUUAACACGGGAAGUACUGUUACACUCAUCUAAUGGCAAGCUCAUUCAUCUCAUCACAUCAUAUCUCUAAUCAUUUGCAUAUCUGCUUCAACAUCUGAAUGCCGAGUUUUUCCACAAAGCAGCAACAACUUCAGGGUGCAUGAUUUUUUUUUGCAAAUGAGUAUAUAUGUGUUACAUAUUUUUAAUUUUAACCAUUACAUAAAUAAUAAGAUGAAGAAAGUUUU